CGUAUAAAUCGCCAAUAAAACACAAAGAUCUUAACAAAUAUUUAUAAAAUAAACGAAAAGAAAUAAUAAAAUAUUAUAUACUAUACUACAUAACAAAUACUCGUACUACAUGUGUUUUGGCUGCUGUUGUGGUUUAAGUUUGCGUCUUCUUCAUUAUAAAUAAUUUGUAGAAUUUUAGUAAUGAGAAUUUCUAAAAAUGUUUGCCACCAUUUAAUACAGAUAAUUGUGAUUUCAUUAUGUUUUACGAAUUUUAAUGGCGCCCGCUCCCAAUGCAGCAGCAAUGAUUGGGCAUGCGACAAUGGACAGUGCAUACAAGAUGAUAAAUUAUGUGAUGGCAAGGUCGAUUGUCGUGACCGAUCGGAUGAAAUUGCUGAGAAUUGUAUACAGUUCCAAGAGACUUGUCAAAACUUUGCCUUUAGUUGUGCCUACGGAGCUUGCAUAGACGGCAAAGCCAAAUGCAAUGGCGUGCAGGAUUGUGCUGAUAAUUCGGAUGAAUUGAUAUGUACAAAACAAGAUGAUUCGGACUUUCAAGGUAUAUGCUCCGACAAUGAAAUACAGUGUGUAAAUUCUAAAGAAUGCAUAAACUCAAUUAAUCUUUGCGAUGGCCGAGUACAUUGCAAGGAUGGUUCUGAUGAAUCGCUGGCACUAUGCAUUAACUUUGGCUGUAUUUCGUUUGGUUUUCAAUGUGGCUAUGGCGCCUGCAUUAGCGGCAAUGCUAAAUGUAAUGGCAUCAAAGAAUGCGCUGAUGGUUCUGAUGAAGCCUGGGAGUUGUGUAAUACGCCGCGAAAACAGACUAAUUUAAUUGGUGUAACACCCACACCAAUACCAACUCCUAAACCUACACCUACACCAGUACAAUAUAUCAGAUGUGUUAUACCUAAUAUACCCCAAUUACAGGACUUGAUAUUUAAGCUACAUCCUCGAAAUGAAACAAUUCCAUUGGGGUCAUUUGUUGAAGAUUAUGAAAUCAUUCAUAUGCAGUGCCAACACAAAUAUACCUUGAGAGGACAGCCUAGUCUUUUCUGUCAAAAUGGUAAAUGGAAUUUUGAUUUUCCCUCAUGUGUUGGCUACUGUGAUGGCUCACUUUUGCGGGGCGUUUCUUUGCGUGCUGUUUGUGAUUAUAGAACUCGUUUUGUGGAGUGCCCGAAAAGAAUUCGACCUGGUACGGAAAUUCAAAUCAAUUGUGGCUUUGGUUACACUCGCACCCCGAAUAAUCCUCAGUAUAUAAAAUGUUUAACUGAUGGUACCUUCGAUAAUAGUCCUAAACCUUGCGAACACAAUUGUGGACGAGUUGCCCCCAAUUUGGAGGCGUUGUCUAAAAAUGGUGUUCCAAUUAAAUCCAGUUCGGCGCCAUGGCAUGUGUCCAUUCAUGAGAAUAACAGCGUUAAUUUCGAUUACAUUUGUAGCGGUUCAAUAGUUUCGCCUAGCGUUGUCAUAACAGCCGCACAUUGCUUUUGGGAUGAGCCAACUUUGACAUUGAGAAAUUAUACAGAAUAUACAAUUAUUGCUGGCCAAAGUACGAGCAACUUUACAACAAUACAGAAUGAGUACACGCAAGUGGUACAGGUUGAGGAAAUACACAUUCCAGGAGAAUAUCGCGGUAAAAAUGGACGCCAAAGAGAGGAUAUUGCCUUUGUUAAAUUAAAAACUGCCUUAAGAUAUACCGAAACUAUUGCCUCGAUUUGCCUACCAAAAAUAAUUCGUAACACCGCCUCAAAGUAUGUGCUGUCCAAUGAGAAUGGAUUCGUUACCGGUUAUGGCCUAAAAAAUCAAUUGGAGAGACUCAAAAUGAUAACGUUAGCCUAUCAUGAUUGUAGAGAAAAAAGUCCACCGGACGCACCUGUGGCAGAUGAUAAAUUUUGCAUUUUCAGUAACGAGGGUGCUUCGGUGUGCCGGGGUGACAGUGGCGCCGGUUUUUUUAAAGAGGACAAGAAUUUGGAGGACAAUGAAAUUACAUAUAGACUAUUGGGUGUCAUAAGUAAUACGCCAAACACUAAAAACGAUUGCACACGUUUGGAUGAUGAAUCCUAUGUUGCAAUCACAAACAUCCACUACAUGGCUGCGGAUUUAUUGAGGAAAUUGUUACAAACUAUAGAAGCAGAUCGAGCUUUCUUUUAUAUACCUGGUGAAGGCUAUAUAAGAUUAGACACAGCCGAAUAUAGCACCCUUACAUUCCUUUCCACUCUUGGUCGUCUGCUAUCCAAGCUUAAUUCCCAUUCCCAAUGCACCAGCAAUGAUUGGGCAUGCGACAAUGGACAGUGCAUACAAGAUGAUAAAUUAUGUGAUGGCAAAGUAGAUUGCCUUGAUCGAUCGGAUGAAAUUGCUGAGAAUUGUAUACAGUUGCAUGAGACUUGUCAAAACUACAAUUUUCGUUGUGCCUACGGAGCUUGCAUAGACGGCAUAGCGAAAUGCAAUGGUGUGCAGGAUUGUGCUGAUAAUUCGGAUGAAUUGAUAUGUUCGAAAAAAAAUGAUUCCAAUUUUCAUGGGGCAUGCUCUGACAAUGAAAUACAGUGUGUGAAUUCUAAAGAAUGCAUAAAUUCAAUUAAUCUUUGUGAUGGUCAAGUACAUUGCAAAGAUGGUUCUGAUGAAUCACUGGAAUUAUGCAUCGACUUUGAUUGUAUUUCAUUUGGUUUUCAAUGUGGCUAUGGCGCGUGCAUUAGCGGUAAUGCUAAAUGCAAUGGUACACACGAAUGUGCUGAUGGUUCAGAUGAAGCCUGGCAAUUGUGUAACACACUACGAAAGAAAGAUAAUCUAAUUGAUUUAACGCCAUCUCCAAGACCAAAACGAACAGCUACAUCUACUAAAUGUAAUAUACCCAAUAUACCCCAAUUACAGGACAUGAUAUUUAAGCUACAUCCUCAAAAUGAAACAAUUCCAUUGGGGUCAUUUGUUGAUGAUUAUGAAAUCAUACAUAUACAGUGCCAAAACAAAUAUACCUUGAGAGGACAGCCUAGUCUUUUCUGUCAAAAUGGUAAAUGGAAUUUUGAUUUUCCCUCAUGUGUUGGCUAUUGUGAUGGAUCACUUUUGCGGGGCGUUUCUCUGCGUGCAGUUUGUGAUGAUGGAACCCGUUUUGUGGACUGUCCGAAAAAACUUCGUCCUGGUACAGAAAUUCAAAUUAAUUGUGGCUUUGGUUACACUCGCACCCCAAAUAAUCCCCAAAAUAUAAAAUGUUUACCAGAUGGAACCUUUGAUAAGACUCCAGUGCCUUGCGAACACAAUUGUGGCCGAGUUGCAGCCAAUUCGGUAGCCCUGUCUAAAAAUGGCAUUCCAAUUACAUCCAGUUUGACACCCUGGCAUGUGACAAUUUAUGAGAAAGACGGUGCUGAUAGCAAUUACAUUUGUAGCGGUUCAAUAGUAUCGCCUCGUAUUGUCAUAACGGCUGCACAUUGCUUUUGGGAUGAAGCAAACUUAAUAUUGAAAAGUAAUACAGAAUAUGAAAUUAUUGCUGGGCGAAGUACCAGCAACUAUACAAAGAUAGACAAUAAUAAUUCGCAGACAAUACAGAUUGAGGAAAUACACAUUCCAACAGAAUAUCGCGGUAAAAGUGGAAACCAAAGAGAGGACAUUGCCUUUGUUAAACUAAAAACUGCCUUAAGAUACACAGAAACUAUUGCUCCGAUUUGUUUACCAAAUGAUAUUCGCAACAUCGCCUCAAACUAUGUGAUGUCCAAUCAGAAUGGAUUCCUUGCCGGAUUUGGUGUAAAAAAUCAAUUGGAGAGACUCAAAAUGUUAAUGUUAUCUUAUCAUGAUUGUAGUCAAAAAAGUCCACCGUACGCACCCCUGACAGAUGAUAAAUUUUGCAUUUAUAAUAAUGAGGGAGCUUCGGUGUGCCGGGGUGACAGUGGCGCCGGUUUUUUUAAAGAGGACAAGAAUUCGGAGGACAAUGAAAUUACAUAUAGACUAUUGGGUGUCAUAAGUAAUACGCCAAACACUAAAAACGAUUGCACACGUUUGGAUGAUGAAUCGUAUGUUGCAAUCACAAACAUCCACUACAUGGCUUCGGAUUUAAAGAGUAAACUGUUGAAAGCUAUACAAGAAGAUCGAGCUUUAUUUUAGAUGAUAACUAUACUUUUAAAACAAAUUUGCAACAAUGUUAACUAAUAAAUACACAUGGAGAAAACAUUGUUUGCAAAUAUUUUGUAAUUUAUGUAAAACAUUUAAUAAAGUUUAACAAAAUUUUAUUUUAAUCAUC